AUGCAAGCUCGAGUUGUCAUUGAAAACACAUUCUCAAGGCUGAAAAAUCGAUGGCGAUGUCUGCACAAGGAUAGAGUUCUGCAUUACAAGUCUGUAAAAUGUGCACACAUUAUUUUAGCAUGCUCUGUGCUACAUAAUAUAAUUAUUAAUUUUGGUGUUGAGGACACAGAGGAAAAUAUUGGUCUGCAAUUUGAAAGGACAAUAGAAUGUGACCAAAUAAGCUAUACAGAAAGAGGAGAAGCUACCUCUGAUUUAAUUAGAGGUAGAAUGUUGAGAGAUCAAUUAGCAAGAAGAUUACAAUAA